AUGUCAGCGGAAAAUUCGGAUCACAACAAAGGAGAACGUGACGAACGCCAAGCCGUCUUGUCCAUGGACACGGGCUCGAGUGUGUCUGGCUCUCCGUCCGGGGGACCCCUCCAGGUCGUGUCUCCUGACCGCGUCAACCGCCGCGACUCGAUGGUCUCCUCGUUUCGGGGCGAGAGCAGGGACAGCUCUGUACACGAAAAGAUCAACCAGUUUAACAACCUCAGCAUCGCGAUGCAAUCGAAGCAAAUGGAGCGCAAGACGGCGGAUGCGGCUUUGAAGCGAGCCAUGGUGGGGCGAGAGGAGGCAGAGGCCGAGAUGAAGAGGCUUCGGGACGAGCUGGUGCUGCUGAGGAAGUACAGUGAGGAAGGAAAGGAGCGGGAGAGGAAAGUGGGAGAGAGACUGGAGGCCGUCAUGGAGAACUAUGGCCGUGCCAAGGAGACGCACGCGCACACACAAGCUCUGUGGGAAAAGGAAAUCCGACGAGCGAGGAAAGAAAACUUCAAGAGCCAGUCUGCGAUUGUCAAGCUGCAAGAAGAGCUCAAGUCAGCCAGGGGCUCGGUCAAAUCCGCCGAGGAGAGCCUUCAGCGCGAAAGGGAGCGAAGCAAAGUCAGGGAACAGGAAGCCUUCACUGCGCGCUACCAGAUUGUUGGCGUCCAGGAGCAGCUCGACCGGGCACUCGAGCGUAUCAGGGUGGUGGAACAAGAACGAGAUGCCUUCAAGACGGCCGCUAAAAACGAGGAAGUAGCUCGCAUUGCUGCCGAAGGCCGGCUGCCGCUACCGCCGUCUCAGGAUCUCAACGACGAGUUUUCGUCGCCCAAAAGGAAGACUGUUGCUAAGCGACAGAGCGGACGGGCGGCACCCCGCGUCUCAUUGUCGACCAUGGAGAUCACGUCUUCUGCCGCGAGUGAGAUGGAGAUCGAGGAGCUUAGUACGCAGCUUCUCUGGGAGAGACAGCGCGCGGAGAGGGCUCAAGAGAUGGUUGAGUUUCUUCAGGCCGAGUGUAGCGUGCGUUGCUGUCCUUGCUCAAAGACUCAGAAUGCGAGAAUGAGCGUCGAGGCUCCGCAUAAGAGACGACGCGUGUCGGUCGAGCAGCAGGGGGAACAGCAGCCAGUGGCGGUAAAGGAAGAGUCGCAUUCGCCACAUUCGCAACCAGCAUCGUGCCGUGAUUCACACGACAGCUCUUCCCGCGCUCCUCCGCGCAACUCCCUGCGACCGGAGGAGCAUGGACUAGAACCUCAGCCUCAACUGGCAGGAGAAUCAGAGCCUGAGCCUGUGCUGGAGCCCGAACCCGAGCCGGAACCAGAGCGUGUCAAGUCUAGAAAAGAAGCACGACGAAGCACCAUCUUCUGUCCGAAAGAGGGCAUCUUCCGCACGGUCUCCGAGCAAGAGGCGGCCGCCAUGGAAGCAAAGGAAAAGCGCACGGCAGCGGUUGAAUCCACCAUUCAGGAGGAGGCUCAUGCAGAUGAACCGCUGCCGAGUACAGAAGCAGAUCCCAGCCCCCGGAUGUACGCCAGAACUCCAUCCGUCGACCCUCCUGCGUUCGCUCUCCUUGCCCAGGAGCGCAACUCGCUGGAUUUCCUGCUCGGCGCUCCACCAGAAGACGACGUACAGAUAGCUCCUUUGCCUCUUGUCCCCAGCAUCCCAGUUGCCACAGGGCAAGAGGCCGGAAAGGAAGAGCUCGCCAGAGCCGCAGAGCAGAGCUAUUCGCCGGCAGGGUCGCCAGAACCUCGCCCCCACACAUCCACAGCCUCCUUCACCGUCACAACGACGAUUCCUCUCCGAGAAGAAACCGAGCGGUCCAGCUCCUCGUUCAACGAGCGUCUGCGGACUCCCUCACACGGCAGCAGCGCCAGCUUCGACUCAAACGACCCCGCCAUGACGCCAACCAUGACGCGGGAGCAGGCCCUGGCCAAGAUUCGUGAACGAAGGGGACGAGCGAGGAGUGCUGCACAGGGCAGUGCUGCCGGGCCGGGGAAGAAGGUGGCAGCUCUGGCGACGGGGCCGCGGGGACGUCCGAUUAAGAGGGAUGUCAGUGCUCCUACGACCAAGGCUACGCCGGGUUUCAAGUCGUGA